UUUUUUGUAGCCUACAUUAUAUCAGCCAUGACCGCAAAAACCAAACUUUUGCACUGGUCAGAUGGAAAAUUUCGGGGACGACCGGACGAGUUUUCUCUCUCUGAACAUCCGAGGUUGACCCGCAGUGACCCACGGGCCUGGAUGACCUCCGCGACCCCCGCGUACUCAUCCGCAGGCGACCACUACACUCACACGUCGGUGGAUGCCGCCAUGGACGAGUACAUGUCUGGAGACAACAGUCCUUUGACAUCGGAAUCUGAUUUGGGAGGAUCUAAAGCACAUGGGGGUUCCAAGCCAAAUCCCCCCGGACCUCAAAGACACAGACGUGUGGCCGCUAACGCGAGAGAAAGGCGGAGGAUGCACGGACUGAACCGAGCGUUUGACAAACUGAGGAGCGUCAUUCCGUCCCUGGAGAACGAGAAAAAACUCUCUAAAUAUGACACCCUUCAGAUGGCGCAGAUUUACAUCACAGAACUGUCCGAUUUGUUGGAAGGUGUUGUGCAGUCGGAGUGCAGAGAUCUGAGGGAUGGAUGCAGCGCAUCUGGCAACCAUGGUCAGAGGAGUUCAGCUCAGGCUUUGAGGACCAGCAUCCCUUACGCAAUGGACGCACCUUCUAAUUUUGCUCCGGAGAAAAAUGAUGUCACGUUAAAUGCGAGUGAUGGCGAAUCGUCCCAUUUCAGCGACAUCGAAGAAGGACAGACUGGAGGACGCUGAUGGCUUUGCUGGAUAGACUUUGAGACUGUGGCACUCUGAAUAAUCAUAAUUUAUUUGUCUGUGUUUUAGUAGACACUGAAGGAACCAAAUAGAUAGGCCCUGUUGAUAAUGGUUAGUUCUUCUAGACAAUGCUUCAUUAGUCUAUACUUGAUUGACAACAUUUCUGAAACUCACAAAAAGGGAAGGGGACAAAAUAUAGGCUACAAGCCCUUUAAUUGCACUUUAAGACAGACGAUUGCCUACAUUUGGAUUUUUCCAUUCCACGUGUACAAAACCUUCAUCAAUAAUGA